UGAAUCCAGGGAUCUGACCGUCCGUGCCACGCAUGCACCGCUGGAGCGCACGAAUCCAGUCGCACCGCCCUCCUGUCCGCCUGCUGCUGCCGGGAGGAGCGGAGGAGAGAGCAGACCGGAGCGCAGCAUCAACACUCACGGUACCGUUGGGAUGUGGCAGCGGUCUCGACAGCUAGAAAUGCCCCGUGAAAUUUUCAAAGUUUGUCUCCUGUGAGAGCGGAAGACAAAGAAGACAGAUAAAGGGGCGCAGAGACACAGAGACAGAGACAGAGGGAGAGACACAUCGCGCGCAGCUGCAUCAGCCGCCGCAGAAAUUUCCAGCGGUGCCUUCCCCGCCUGCUGCCCGGCUCUGUCGCUCCUGAUCGAGGAGCGCGUCGGAGCCGGUGUCCGAGCCGAUCUAACGGUCAGGAGACGAGAAGGAGGGACAGAGGAGGCAGCCCACUCCUCCAGACAUCCUCCCCUCUGCGUCUGGACCCCCGCAGUGUCCGCCGAUGUGGAGCUGACACAGUGGAGCGAGUCUGGACGUAUGAAGCCAAAGUUCCUACAGAUCUCAAAGGAAUGCAGCGAGACACAUUAUUAAUGUCAAGCCUGGAAGACCCCUGCCACUUUGAUGUGUGAGCACACCCACCAAUAAUGGCCCAUAGGAUACGCAGUGGAAAUACAGCCGAGGCAGACGUGUUCAUGUUCCCCGUUCAGGUCAACCUGCAGACUUUCUCCCACAAACACAUCUGACUUUUACAAGAUCCCAGUGAGAGCCUGUACAGCAUGAGGCUGGUGUGGAAAUCCCUGGACAAGAUGAGGUGUCUGAGGAAACGCUCCACCAUCCCCUUCCUCGGCUUCCUCAUCACCUUCCUCCUCUUCCUCAACCUCUACAUUGAAGAUGGCUACGUGCUGGAAGGUGAUAAAAGGCAGCUUCGGGAAACAUCGGUCCACCCUUCCAGCUCAGAGCGAUACGUUCACACCUUCAGAGACCUGAGUAAUUUCUCUGGAACCAUUAACGUCACCUAUCGUUAUCUGGCUGGUACCCCACUGAACCGCAAGAAGUAUCUCACCAUUGGACUGUCAUCAGUCAAAAGAAAAAGAGGGAACUACCUUCUGGAGACGAUCAAAUCCAUCUUUGAUCAGUCCAGUUACGAAGAGCUCAAAGAGAUCGUGGUCGUGGUCCACCUGGCAGACUUUGACCUGGUCUGGUGUGAGAACCUGGUGCAGGAAAUCACCAGGAAGUUUGCCCACCACAUCAUAGCUGGACGCCUCCUGGUGAUCCAGGCUCCAGAGGAGUACUAUCCAUCUCUGGAUGGCUUGAAAAGGAACUACAACGACCCGGAGGACCGGGUCCGUUUCCGCUCCAAGCAGAACGUGGACUACGCUUUCCUCCUCAACUUCUGCACCAACCUCUCCCACUUCUACAUGAUGUUGGAGGACGAUGUGCGCUGCUCCAGGAACUUCCUGACGGCGCUGAAGAAGGUGAUCACCUCCAGAGAAGGUUCCUACUGGGUGAUGCUGGAGUUCUCCAAGCUGGGCUACAUCGGGAAGCUGUACCACUCCAGAGACCUGCCACGACUGGCUCAUUUCCUCCUCAUGUUCUACCAGGAAAUGCCCUGCGACUGGCUCCUCAUCCACUUCAGGGGUCUGCUGGCCCAGAAGGACGUGAUCCGCUUCAAGCCCUCGCUGUUCCAGCACAUGGGCUACUACUCCUCCUACAAAGGAGCGGAAAACAAGCUAAAGGACGACGACUUUGAGGAAGACUCCAUAGACAUUCCUGACAACCCUCCUGCCAGCCUUUACACAAACAUCAACGUCUUUGAGAACUAUGACGCCACCAAGGCUUACAGCACCGUUGAUGAAUAUUUCUGGGGGAAGCCUCCGUCCACAGGAGACUUCUUUGUCAUAGUCUUUAAUAAAUCUACCAAAAUUAGUAAAAUCAAGAUUGCCACUGGCUCUGACGACCGUCAGAAUGACAUUCUUCACCACGGAGCUCUGGAGGUAGGAGAGAAACUAGUUGGGACUAAAAAAGGGAAACAGUGUUCCUCCUAUAUCACAUUAGGGGAGUUUAAAAAUGGCAACAUAGAGGUUCAAGACGUAGACCACAAAAUUGCCUUUGACAUUGAGUGUGUUCGCAUCGUGGUGACGGCCAGUCAGAAAGAAUGGCUCAUUAUUAGGAGUAUAAGUUUAUGGACUACACAACCCCCCAGCCAAUAAGGACUACACACAAAGACUCUUAGUGUGUCAUAGAGGCAAAUGUUUUUAUUAUUACUAUUAUUUAGUAAUGUAUGUAUUUCAGGUUUAUUUAUUCAUUUUGUAUGUAUUUAUUGAUACUCAUUUUGAUUGCCAAAUCAAUCUAUAGUUUUUAUACCUGCAAGUUGUAACCUUAGUGGAGCAUCUUCCCAGUCAGUCAUUCUAAAGGACUGUUCAGCUGACCUCAGAGUAUUCAUGAACAUAUGUUUUAUUAAAUGUUCCAUAAGCUUUUAUUUAUUUCAGAUUCUGAUCCUUAACACAGGGCUGGGCGAUGAUUCAGCGUUUGGUAUUAUAACAAUAUAAUCAUAUUAUGUUGUGAUUUUACAGAGGUUUUCUGUCAAGGAUGAGGCUCACAAUAUUGUCAACCCAUUCUCAUUCGUGGAGCGUCCAAAACUGAUGCUUUGUCACGCCACUCAGCUUGCAAUAUCAGUGCAGCCUUUGGCGUCUUUAUGAGACACACUGGGCUUUCAUCUAACUCCAAUGUAAACCUGUCUAUAACAACGCUGAGAGCAACUGAUGUAGGAUAAAAAUGGACAAAGUCCAUGUAGGGUGAGUUUCAGGGGAAGUAGAUGGAUCAAACAAAGCUGAACUUUUAUCAAUCCACUCAGUGCUAUUCAAAGUCAACGAUGCUUCCUUAGUAGGACAGGUCCUUCCAAAAUGGGUCCUACAUAGGUUAGACAAGACUCAUUUCUAGCAUUCAAUCAACACACAUUAGAACAGGCUAGUAGGUGCCCAGGUGUGUGUCAGUGAAGAGGCCCCACCUUCAAUACUGGCAAAUUGUGUGCAAAGAAUUCAUGCCAACUGAAAAUACACACAUGCAUCCUUGAACAUUCUUUGAAGGAAGGACUCGGUCAUUGGUAGAAUGUGAAGGAUCCUUGACACUGGAACAGUACUUCAACGGGAUUCGAUGACAUAGCCUCCUUGAAAUUCAGCCGUUUGAAGUUCCUUUCCUGGCUUUGAGAAGCAGUGUGGUUUGUGUCUGGUGUGAAACCAAAAGUCAGUGUUGUCAUUUGGUUCAUGCUUGUUUUUUGGGUGACAACAAAUACCUGUAAGGACAGAACAAAGCACACAGGUAAUUAAUAUGAUCUGCGCCUUGCUGCUGUUUACUUCUGUUGUGCAACGCCCUCCAUUGAUGACAUAUCCUUGAUGACAAUGGUUCUGCUCAAAAAUGUUGGAGACACAGGCUGGUUCACAGGAUAGCACAGAGGUUCCAAGAGUCUUGAACAAAACCGGUUCGAGAAUCAUAGCUAAUUUGGUGGAAACGGUGUAAUAGAAAUAAUAAAGGGUUCCCUGUGCAUCAAUAUGAGACCCCAGGGGCAUGACAAAGCACUGGAUAUUUGACAACCUGAGAAUUAGAAUGGGUUGAUAUUCUUUAUUUUUCUCACAGUCAACAAAUCCAAUGAAAAGACCAACAAUGAAUUGAUCCCACAAACAGGUCUGUCGCCAGAGCCUGAGAUAUCUUAUUCCUCUGUGCCAUUGAGCUCCAUUGUUGCCCAAAAACUAUUAAAAGCAGUGAGCCAUACGGUUUCAUUGGAUGUUACUUCAUUUCAAUAAACUUAGGCACUGUAGUUCAUUUUGAGUUGAGCCCACACACACCAUCCUGCUGCUGUAAAUACUCACCAGAGCACCAAAUGAGUAUUAAUCCGCAGCUGAAAAUAGUUUUCAGUAGGAGUGAAUGAACUCGGGGCUGAGAGCCACAGACUGGGAAGUCAGAAACUACUGAGAGGCGGACUAACACAUUUUGGUUUUGUUCUUUUCAUGUGGUUUGUUGACAGUAACAAAAAUAUAGAAUCACACCAGCCUCAUCCUUUAAUGGUUCCAAUGAAAAUGGAAAGUUAGUUAAAGCUGGGGUAGGCAUAAAUCUGGAAGAUGAUAAAAAAAGGUAAAAUUUGGAAAUAAACCCUCCUCCUGCAGCUUUUUCCUCUCCUCUGUCCUAAGCCCCUCACUCAGCCCCUCCUUGACCUUCUCUCAUGGUUCAUCAGACCACAGGUGAGCCGAGAAUAAGCUGCUAACCACCCCGCCAUCUCUCUGGCCUGAUCCCCGCCACUGCAGACUCCUUUCCUGGGAGAAGAGCAGGAGGCAGUCUGACAGACGGACCUUUGGUCAGCAGCAUAGCGACUUAAAUUCCAACCCUGUCUCACUUUGAAGUCGUCGAAAACUGGUGCUUGAUCAAUGACCUCCGGUGUCAAAUACCGAUGAAAGAGCAGUCCUUUCACAUCGGCAUGAUAUGCCGUCAGUCGCUGUUCUUCUGUAAUGGUGUCCAGCGGCAUCAGCUGGAAAUGCAGUGGGACAAAAUACAUUAAGGCGACAAAAGUCCGAGUAGGGCGGGCAGGAGGGAUGGAGGAUGGGUCCAACAACCACCAACUUUCACCUGACAGGCUGUAAAACUGUAGGUUAAAACCUGUUCUUUUUUCUGAAACGCAACCACAUGCGUAUGUUGGCUAAACAUAACCACGUGUGUGUCGAAGGAAAAAAUACAUCAGUUGGCGGUGUUGUUCAUAAGUAGUGCUUUUUUUUUUAAAGAGACUGUAUGCAAAGUGUACAUUUCCUGUGAAAACAGAAGUGUAUUUU